GGGGAUUUUGACGUGACCAGCAUGGAACAGAUUCGCGUGCGUGUCGUCCGCGCGGAAGGCGUGCUCGGGACCGACGGGUUCGGAUCGAACAAGACGUCCGACCCGUAUGUGGUGCUGACGUACUUGGAUCACACGGGGGCCGAAAUGAAGAGCGAAGGCCGCAAAUCCAAGCACAUCGAGAAGACUCUCAACCCCGAAUGGAACUUCGAAUCUGUGAUCGGGAACGACGUCGACUUGCGCGUCGUGGAAUCGUUGGCAGUGAACGUCUUCGACAAGGGCGUAUUCAACAACGAACCCCUCGGUCGUGUGGUCGUGCCGAUGACGGACAUCAGAGUCGUGACGACCGGACAGCCGUUCCAAGUGAGCAUGCCGCUCGAAAAGUUUGGCAAGAUGAAGGCCGCGUCGGGCACUGUGGUGGUCGAAUUUGAAUCCGCCGCCGCACCGUCAUCGAGUUCGGCGGUGGCUGCACCUGCAGGAUCUGUGGGCAUCGACAUCCCCUCGGACUCGUCGGCACCAGCGUCGUCUGGUCCGCCGAACGUGCUGUUGGUAACAGUGGACAGCGCCAAAGGAUUGAAGGCGAUGGACAAGGGCGUGUCGAGCGACCCGAUUAUCCAUGUCGUGGUCAACAAGGUCAAGUUUACGACGACCAAGAAGGAGAAAGUACUCGCGGCCAUGUGGAACGAAAGCUUCAAGAUCCCCGUCACGGACGCGUCGCUCGACGUCGAGUUCAUCGUGGAAGACGUCGACACGUUCGGCAAUGACUUCAUGGGCCAAGUCAAAGUGCCGUUGGCGUCGUUCGUGGACUGCCAGGCGCAAACGCUGACGUUGGACCUGCUCAACAAAAAGUACAACAAGGAAGAGUUGGGGUCGAUCACGGUCAAGGUCCAAUGGAUCUACCACGCCAACGUGGACGAUGUCGUCGCGUCCAACAAGAAGAAGGGCGGCAACUUCUUGGACAAGAUGGUCAAGAGCAUUGGCGCGGGGGUGCCUGACGCCGGCGACGACGACGAAGACGCGGUGGACAUUGAAGCGGCCGACACAGUGCCAAAGAAGUCGGACGAAGAGCUGAAGAAGGAGAAGGAAGCGCGCGAAAAAGCCCUCGCGGACGAGAAGGCGGCACUCGAGAACAUCAACAUCCGAUCGGGGGAUUACACGGUGCAAGUGCACGUCAUCGAAGCGCGGGACUUGGUGCCCAAGGACGCGACGGGCACGUCGGACCCCGUCGUGUACGUUCAAGUGCUGGACCAGAAGCAGAACACCGCGACCAAGCACCAGACACUCAGCGCCGUGUGGGACGACGUGCUGAUCUUCAACUUUCGUAACUUGGACAAGGAGCAGAUGGAGAUGGGCGCGCUCAAGCUGUCCGUUAUGGACGCCAACACGUUCGAGCGCGCCGAGCUCAUCGGCGAAACCACGUUCGACACAUCGUUUGUGUACUCGAACAUGAACCACCAGAUUUGCAACAAGUGGAUUGGGUUGAUUGCCCCCGGUAGCGACAAGGUCCAAGGGUACCUCCGCGUGUCGAUUACGAUUCUCGGCCCCGACGACAAGUUUGUGCCGCCGCCUCCCAUUGGACCCAACGAGUCGGGCCUUGACGGAGUCCUCAUGCCCCCCAGUGUGCAGCAACAAGUCAAGUUCCUCGUCGUCAAGAUCCACAACGGCGAGCAUUUGCCCGCGAUGGACCAAAGCCUGGGCAAGCAAGGCAUUGACGCAUAUGUGGAAUGCUCGCUUGGCGGCAGCGGCGGCAACGCGUCGAUUCGGACGCGUGUCAAGACCAAGAAGGGCGAGCGACACCUGCUCAACCCUGCGUUCAACGACGACAUGUACCUGGUACUCCGAGAACCGAGUAUGGCGAGCAAAAUCACGUUCAAGGUCAUGGACUGGGACCGCGUGGGAAGCGACGAAGUCGUCGCGCAUGCGUACCAAAGCAUCAGCUUGAUCCGUAGCAUGAAUGGCGAGCUCGGGCCCAUGUGGAUCAACUUGUACGGGGCGCCGCUGCAACACGCUAAGGAGAACCUGCUCAACAAGGGCGACAGCAUCAAGACCCAAAUGAACACGUACCCUGAACAGGCGACGACGUACCGCGGCCGUCUGCUCGUGUCAUUUUCCAUUCAAGAAAACGUCAAAGAGCUCGAAGAAAUCAACCAGCGCGUCAAGGCGCGGCCGCUGCCGCCGUCGUUGCACCCCGCGACGAGCAUUUUCAAGUUUCGGGCGUUCCUCGGCACCGGCUCGGACAUUCCCCAGAUUCCGUCCCUAAACCCGCUCAAGAACUCGCGCAUGCAAGUCAUCAUCACAUGCGGGUUGUUUGAGCUUGCGUUUGAACGCCAGCACAACAACAAGGGGCUGGUCGUGUGGAACCAGCUCAUCGAGAGCGGCCCCGUGGCCUUCCCGAUGCCCAUCGACGGCGACUAUUCGCAAAUUCCGGAUGUGUUUGUGUACUUGUGCAAGGGCGGCAGCGACAAGAUGAACCCCCGCAAGCAAAUCGCGUUCAAGCGGUACACGGCCAAGGACCUAGUGGAAGCCAACAUGGCCAUCGAGCCCAAGUGGAUCACGCUCAAGGAAGACCCUUGUGUGGAUGCGCUGGGCGACGAAGCAUUCCCAGGCAACAUCUUCUUCAACCUGGGCCUCGCCCCCAUCGACGUGGCCGACCUGUCCAAAGCGGCGUGGGUGUCGUACUACGACAAGGAAACACUCGAGAAGCGCCACAAGUACCAAGUCCGCGUCAACAUUUUCCAAGCGCGGCAGCUGCCAGCAUUGGACGACGACGGGUUGAGUGAUCCGUACGCCAAGGUGCGGUUCAUGGGCGAGGAGAAGAGACUAAAGGAAAAAAAAAAGACGGUCAACCCUACGUGGUACGAAACCCUCACGUUUGACUGCGAUUUGCCGCCCCCGGAAUUCCUCCACUUCUCCCCCCAGGUGGUCAUUCGCCUAAUGGACUGGGACAAUGGUAUUGGUGACAGCGGCCACGACUACAUGGGGUCGGCAUUCGUGUCGAUUUCGUCGUCCGAUGUACGGGAACCCGACGACCCGCGCCCGUUGCCGCAGCCCAAAUGGUGUGGUAUCAUGCAACAAGAGGAAGGCGACACGGAAGGCGCGGUGCUGGCGUCCGUGGUCGUGGUCAAGAUGGACCAGCCAGACAUGGAACUGCCGCCCCCCGAGUCGAUUGUACCCGCCGUGCGCAAGGCGUACGUCGAGAUCAUCGUGCUCGGGCUGCGUGACAUGCGACCGUACCAGUUUUUGCCCAUUCAGUUGCCGUUCAUCGAGUUUACGUUGGGCGGGCGCGAACACGCGAGCCAGGAAAUGAAAACGGAAAAGUCCAAGCGUCCAUCCGGCGAGAACCCCAACUUUCUGCAACGCAUUGUCCGCGAAGUUGAGCUCCCGGAAGACUCGCUGUUUGCCCCGAUGCUCAACAUCAUGGUCAAGGACACGCGGUUGGGCGGGUGGAAUACCCCCACGAUCGGGAACGCUUCAAUUGACAUGACAACGAAAUUGCCGUGGAGCAAAGGGUACAUUGCCCCGCAAAGCCUCGACCUGGACGACAUCCAAACGAAAGUGGCCGAGGAAGACGGCGACGACGACGACGACGAAGCGUCGGGGUUGUUGAACAGUCAAAAAGGGUCGAAGGAGGACUUUGGUGCGGGUGUGUUUGGGGCGUUGACGUCCAUGAACGUGGAAAUCAACUUGGACGAUCCGGCGUUGCUCACCGGAAGUGGCGCCGACGCCGCGCUGGUUCCGGACGAACCCGACGACGAGAGUGCCGCCGAUGAGUACGAAAUCAAGCGCCGCAAGUACAUGAAGAACCGCGACGAACGUGGCGAACCGUUGGAACUCGAAGUGCUCAAGACGCGCCCGUUUGAAACGUACAAGUUGACAAUUGGGCAAAAGAAGAAGAAGAGCGGGUUCAGCUUGUUCAAGAUGGGCUCCAAGAAGCCCCCCCCGGCCGCAGAAAGCGGCACGUUCCACAUUGCCGGCAUUUUCAAGGGGCUGGUGCGUGUGAUGCUGGACAAGGACGAGGAACCGCUGAUCAACCUCGAAAAGCUGCUCACGCCCAUGCCGUACCAAGUGCGCGUCUACAUCUUGAACGGUGAGAACUUUAUGCCGAUGGACCCUGGUCUGAACGGCGCGCCGGGCAAGUCCGACCCGUACUUGGUGCUCCGACUCGGCAAGGACAAGAUCAACGACCGCAAAAACUACGUUGAAGACGUUGUGGACCCCGACUUUUACAAGUUGUACGAGUUCAACACACACUUCCCCGGCGCGUCCACGUUGUUUAUCGACGCGUACGACUACGACUUGAUUGGCGGCGACGAUCUCAUUGGGUCAACGACCAUCGAUUUGGAAGAUCGGUUCUUUGACAAAAACUGGCAACUCCUCGGGGAAGAGUUCCACACGGUCAACCCUGUGUGCCGAUGGGGCCCCAAGCCCGUGGAACAGCGCCCGCUACACAUCAAAACGUCCAAGGCGCAGAUGGGUCAGCUCAAGAUGUGGGUCGACAUUUUAUCGCCAAAGGACGCGGCCACGUACGAACCUGUGGACAUUGCGCUGCCCCCCCCCCAAGAGUACGAGCUGCGCGUGGUUGUGUGGAAGACCAAGGAAGUGCCGAGUUUUGACGAACUGACCGACAUGAACGAUUUGUUUGUGCGAUGUCAGUUGGAAGGUGGCGACUAUCAAGACACAGAUAUCCACUGGCGGGCGAAAAAGGGCAAGGCGAGUUUCAACUGGCGCAUGAAGUUCCCCGUCACGCUAGGCCACAAGCAGCACAACUCCAAGUUCCCGUACUUCAAAAUGCAAAUGUGGGACAAGGACAUUUUCUCGGCCAGCGACUGCAUCGCCGAAGGGCUGUUGGACAUGUCGGCCCACUUCAAGGAAGUGUGUAAGCUCAAGGCGCCGUUGCAAAUCUUCAAGGACAAGAAACCAAAGAAGAAGGAGAAGGAAACCCCCAAGCAAGCCGACAACAACGACACGAUUCAGUCCAUCAAGGAAUCAACCGGGUUGUGGGACAUCAACCCGAGUGACUCGACGUGGAUCAAGCUGGAGCGACUCAACCGCGAGACCAACGUGAAGGAACCCAUGGGCGCCAUCUGCAUCAGUAUGGAGCUCGUGCCCAAAGAAAAAGCCAAGGUCACCCCCCUUGGCCACGGGCGCAGCGACCCCAACAACAGUCCGUUCUUGCCCCCGCCGGCGGGGCGCCUCAAGUUCAGUAUGAAUCCGUUCUACGUGUUCAACGAACUGCUCGGUCCCAAGAUCUGCCGCCGGGUCAUGUGCUGCUGCUGCUGUCUCCUGCUCAUGUUGUUGAUGUACUUCUUCGGCCCCAUUAUCAACUUGUUGAUCGUCAUGUUCAAGUAAAGUGCCGUUGUGUCACACGCCUCCUCCCUCCUGUAGUUGACUGUUGGGGAGUUGGAUUAAUGAACGAAAAACAUGCUUUUUUAUACCUUACGAGUACAAUAGUACGAACUACCAUGUCGGGGCACGCUGCCUACUGUAGUUAAAUGUACCACCAAUCUAAACACAA